CUUAAGUAACUCUAUAGUCCUUAUUUCCACUUUUAAUAAAUUAUACUCUAUGCACAUCGACAUACUGAACAACUUCUAGAUGACUACCUACCAAAUCGAUUGUUGUAGGUCAGACGCAGGCUGACGAAGGCUUUAUCGGUAAUACCGAGCACGGGAUAAGAGUUGCGUUGACAGGCGCCCAUAUCCAUGCGGCUGGUUCUCCUAAGGUUGUGGUUCGUCGCACCUAGUGAGCUAUAGUUCUUUAACUUAGCUCCUUGAAUAGUCAGACAGGCAGGGAAUCUUGUAUAAAGCUCACUCCUCCGGAGCCUUGGUUAUUUUUUCUGAUAGCAAUGCCCAAUCAGUCCCCCCAUCUAUAAGACUUGAGUACGCCUUUGGAUAGCCGAUAUGUCAUCACAAAGCCAAGCAGACCUUAGCAGGAUUCGGGAUAAUCAAAGGAGGUCCCGUGCUCGGCGUAAGGAGUACGUGAAAAGCCUUGAGGAGCGUCUAGGGCUCUAUAAGCGUCAAGGGGCUGAGGUUACGUCACAUAUCCAACGAGCCGCGCAGAGAGUAGCGGAACACAACCAGAAAAUGAGAAUCCUUCUCAAUACUCUUGGGUUUACCGACGAGAGGAUAGAUUGUUUUCUCCAAAAUGGCAACAUCAAUCCCGGUGAAGCUAUAACCUCCAAUUUCUCACUAUCAAGCAGACCUAUAUACGGUGAUAUUGAGGCUAAUAUUACCGGCUCCUCAACAUACGAUCAAGCGAAAUCAGAAGCCCUUGCUGCUAACCUCCAAAUACACGACGUGACGAUCUUGGGUCAGGAUACCACUGGCAUUGCAAGCACGGGAUAUUUAUCAUCGUCACAAACACCUCCAGGCCAAGCUCAGGAUGAACUAUCACAAUAUACACACACUUUGAACCAACUUCUAAACAAACCCCUUAUUCAUGGCAGCCAAUAUAACACAAGCUCCAGUCAUCAAGACGUCACCAUUUACGAGCAGUCUUUUGAGGCAGGCCACAUGACAGAUCGAUAUUCAAAUCUACCUCAUACUUCAAGGAAGUCCAUCGGCUCUCCCAUAGCCGACGCUCUACUUCCUGCCACUUUACAACACAGCCAGACACAUUUAGAUUAUGUCUCCCCUAUACACUACGACUCGAACAAUAGUGAUGGUCCCAGCUGUUUACCAUUGACUCCAAAUAUAUCCUCCAGCCUGCAUGGCAAAAGUUUGUCUUUUUGAGUCAAUCGUGACUAUUUAUUGGGUGGAUUGCG